CUCUCUCUCUCUCUCUCUCUUUCUCUGCUACUGUCUGCUCUUCAAAUCUCUGCGUGUCUACACGCGCCCUCUCUCUCUCUCUCUCUCUCUCUCCAAGAAGGAGGAGGGGGGAGGGGAGCCCUACAGGAAAGCCACCACCUUUCUUUACAUCCUUCGCCUGUCUUUGAUGUCUUCUUUAUAAGGGGAAACCCUCUGCUCCCCCAUAGAUUUGAGAAACCCAAAUCCAGAAUCCGCACCUCCUCCUCCUUCCUUUCUCUCUCCCCCUCUCCCCGAUCGACCCCAUUUCGAUGCUGGCUUCUGCCCGAUACUAACUAAUCCGAGGAUUUCGCCAAGUUCUGGCGAGACCCACAACGAGGUUAUUAUGGAUGAAGCCUGGGGGAUUGGGAGUGUUGAGAAUGAUUCGUGGAAAGAAACUGAUGAGUUUGACUCUUUCUCGGAGCACAGCGAUGAAGGCAAUCAGGAUUCUGAUGCAGUUUCCGUGGACUCAAUAUUACCCGAUGAUUUGCUGGAACGAAUCCUCUCUUUUCUUCCAAUAGCAAGCAUCUUCAGGGCAGGUUGUGUCUGCAAGAGGUGGUAUGAGAUAGUUUCCUCGAAAAGGUUUCAGAGAAACCUCUCACAUGCUCUGCCACAGAAACCCUGGUAUUUCAUGUUCACAAGCACUGAUGAACCCUGUGGUUAUGCCUAUGAUCCCAUACUUAGAAAGUGGUACAGCAUUGAACUGCCCUGCAUUGAGGCUUCCAACUGGUUCGUUGCUUCUUCAUGUGGUCUCAUUUCCUGCAUGGACAAUGACAGCAGAAGCCGAAUGUAUGUGUGCAACCCCAUAACCAAACGAUGGAAAAAGUUAGAGGUGCCCCCGGGCUUGAAAUUAUCUGAUUACAGUGCCCUUGCAAUAUCAGUUGACAGGUCAUCAGACUGCUACAAACUAUCAGUCGUCAAAUCUAAGCAGGUUCCUGGGAAAUUCUUCCAGUGGGACCUCUCAAUUCAUCUGUAUAACUCCGAAUCAAUGGUUUGGUCAACGUCCAUUACAGAGGUUCUUACUGGGUGGAGAGGUGGAGAUGAGAGUGUUAUCUGUGAUGGGGUUUUAUACUUCUUGAUAUACUCCACUGGGAGUGGGCACCCAGAGAAUCGCCAUGGACUGAUAAUGUACGAUCUGUCCAGUCGUUCUUCUCAUGGACUUCUGCUAAAGAGCUUUAUUCCAGUGCCUUGCCCUCUUACCUGUGGUCGGCUCAUGAACCUGAAGGAGAAGCUUGUCAUGGUGGGAGGAAUUGAGAAACAGGACAGGCCUGACAUAAUUAAGGGCAUUGGAAUCUGGGUCUUACAUGGUAAGGAGUGGCAAGAAAUCGCGAAAAUGCCCCACAGGUUUUUUCAGGGGUUCGGGGAGUUUGAUGAUGUUUUUGCAAGCAGCGGAACUGAUGAUCUUAUUUAUAUCCAGAGCUAUGGCGGCCCAGCUCUUCUUGUCUUUGAUAUGAACCAGAAACAAUGGAGAUGGUCACAGAAGGGGCCCGUGACAAAAAGGUUCCCUCUACAGCUCUUUUCUGGUUUUUGCUUCGAACCCAGGCUUGAAAUUGCACCUUGAUUUUGUUUUCAGUUUGGUAUGAUCUUUAUGGUGGUCGAGGCAAAUUAGUCAAGACCCCGUAUUCCUCUCCUUUUAGCUGGAAGAAUGGCUGUUAUGUUCAUUUUGCAUCAGCUGUGGUUUUGUGACAAGUCAUAAUAUGGAAGAAUUUACAGCAUAAGUGUAGCCAGCAGCUCAUUCGUGAAAAUUUGCUGCAAAAAUCAUUCUUUGCAAUCUGAAAAUGUGGCUGAGUUGCAGCAUUUCUUGUCGGAA